AUGAAGUCAAAUAAUUCUGGAGUUCCUAACUUGUAAAUUACUUUGUCCCCCAAAAACAAAUAGAGACUUAGACAAGAGAACUCGUAAAAUCAGGUGGAUUACAUAUACUAAAGUGUAAACGAAAGAUCUCAGAAUGAAAAUGACAAAAAUAGCAAAUCAGCUCAUAAGCAGCAGGUUACUUUUGAUUCGUAGCCUCCUCAUGUAAAGGUUAUAACUAUACCUUAGAGGACCACAGGCUCCAACUUUAAAGAAGGGUCUUUUGGCUAGAAUUAGUCAAAAAAUAUCGAAUCCUAUGAUAACAGAUCCUAGCUUAGCACUUUUCACUCAUAAAUAUCCUCUUCAAAUGGUCAGCAGCAAUUUUAAGAGAGUGAGAGAUCACGACCAGGAAACUAAAAAAUCAUAAUGAUCAAUUAAAAGCAUAAUACAACUUCUUCUAACUCUCAAAGCAAGAAUAGUUCAUCAAAGCGUCCGCUGUCCAAGGCAAAAAAUGAGCCUCAAUCUACAACAAAUAAAAUGGCAAGUAAAAAUAUUAACAAAAAUAAUCAGGCAUUUAAUACUCCUCAACAGAAUUUUUAUCAAACAGCUAGCAAAGUCACUGCAGUUUCUCUUUUUUCGCCAAAUGAGCUGUCUGUAGAUAGAUCAAACCAGAAUACCUCGCAAACAUCCAAUAUGUUUAAAUCUCAAAAAUCAAGUUAGAACUAAACUAGCAUUAAAAACAAAAGAAACUCUAGAGGAUCGAUUGUUCCUUAUUCUCCUACUGUGUAGUAAAUCGUCGGAGAUAAUCCAUUCUCAAAGUAAAACAGACAAGGUUUAAAAACUCCAAGUGCCAUGUAAAUUUCACAAAGAGAUCAGCACAUGCAGGCUCAUUUGAAUACCAGCAGUAAUCAAAUAAAUUUCUAAAGUGCAAGAACAAGGAGUUAGUAAUAAGAAAGCUCAGCUACCAGAAAAUAAUAAUAAUAAAUUUCUACUAUAACAUUAAAAUUAGAUGCACCAGUUUUUAAUCAAAAUCAUGAAAUCCAAUCAUCUAUUUAGCAAGUAAAUGAUACCAGUAUGUAGUCUAAAACAUAAAAUCUCCUUGAAUAGCAUAAUUUCAACGUAUUCUAGCAUUAAUACUCUGUCAAUCUGGAAGAUGAACUAGACAAUGCUAAAAGAGAAAGUCUAAACUCGAAUGGCCAAAUAAUUUACAACAUCGACACUUAGAGGACUAAAAUGAAAAACAUAAAUACUGAUAGAGGUCGUGAAAACACAGGUAAACUCGAGAGCAAUUAGUUUGAUUUGAGAGAUGACGAUGUUACUUAGUUCUCUCCUCACUAUUCAACAAAUAAAAAACUUUAGGAAAACAUCUUUAGCUAGAAGAACUUAGACAUAGGCAACAUAAACGAUAGAAAUGUGUCUUAGAUUAAUGUGGUAUAAGACAAUGAUACAAGUUAUAUGCUUGGCUACUCCUAGGUUUAAAUCAUGGACCAAAGAAACAAUCAUGAUCAUAUAGAUGAUGGAGGUCGAAGAAGCACCUCAACCUUGUUCAGAGAGAACUAAUAAACUUACAGAAAGUGCUAUCAUUGCUCCAGGCAAGAAGAUCAAACCAAGGUUUCAAGGUAAACAUCACCCAUUGGAGUUACUCCGAAGAAAUCAUAAACUUCGAGAUAAACUAGCAAAACACCCAGAAGUAAUACUAAUUAAAGCUAGAGAAGCAUAAGUCCUAGUAAUUAGUUUAUUAACAUCGAAAAUUAAUUGAAGCGUAAAGCAUACUCAAAGUCCCCAGAGAAGAAGUAAAUGAUCGAAGUAGGAAACCAAACUUAAUAAGUUUAGACUGAUUUACCAAUAAAUAAUCAAAGUUUUAAUACUUAUUAAUCACCAGGCAGGCAAUCUAGGAUUAAUCUGUUGACUAGUCCUUAGAAUAAACAAAUAGAAGAAUUGCUCUAGCAAUCUUUUUCUAAUGGUCCUAUGGGUAAUGAGCAUGUCGAUAACAUUGUAAAAUAUCUCAAUCAAACUAAAACUGAUGAGCAAAACUUAAGUAAAAUGGUUGAAUCAGAGAAGAUUUUUGUGAUUCAGAGAUAUGAGAGUCUAAUCCAAAAGUUAGUAAUUGAGUAUAACAAAAUUUAAGCUCAGAAUAAUGAGAUAAGAGCGAGCUUUGCCAAUGAAAAUAGGUCUGUUCAGUCCUAAUUUCUCAUUAUUAAUAGUCAAGAGUCGUAAAUAUAAUAAAUGAGCUAAAGAAUUGCAGAACUAGAACAUAAAAAUCUGAACAGCCAUAAAGAGAUGUAACUAUUAAGAUAAAAACUGUAAGUAGAAUAAGAUAAUAACUAUGCUGAGAAAAAGCAUCUUGAAAUGGCGAAGCAGCAGCUAUUUAAUUAAGUUGCCCAGCUUUAAGACACUGAAGUCACUUUGAGAGCUAGAAAUGCCUAAAUCUAGGAAGACAAUCAUUAAAUGGAAUAUGCUGUUAAGCAGUUGAAAGAGUAAUGCAUCAAAAUAGAAACAGAAAAAAGAGUGUUUGAAAUGGAAAUGUAGAAAACAAGAGUCUAGGAGUAAAGUAUGAAUCAAGAAUUGAAUAGAAUAAAGCAAUUAAACAUAGAAUAAGAUGCUAAAAUCUAAGAGUACAGAAGUCAACUAGAAUAACUAGUUUAAACAUUGAAAAGAAAAGAUUAAGAAUUCGAAUAGCUGAGUUGGGAUAGCUAAGGACUCAAAAGUAGUGUAGAUAUACUGCAUAAAAACUAGCAAGCCAUAUUACUAAAAAAUAAUCAGUUGAAGGAUGAACUUGGAAAGCUCUAGAUUGAGAAAUAAUCGUAUCAGACACAAAUCGAAUAAGCAUUGAAUCAGAAAGGCUAUCAAGGUUUGAACAUGAACAAUUUAGAAUUGAUAAGCAAAAAUAACUCACCCAAAGUCAGGUUCAACGAGAGUAUGAAUGACUAUUAUUAGCCAAACUCACCAAAGAGAAAUUCAACUUCAAGGAAUGAUGUUAAGUUCUUUAAUCCAAAUAAGUCUCAAGAUGAAUCACUUGAACUAAAUGUCAUGAAAUAUCUCAAUAAAUCACCCAUCACUAAUCUAAGAAAAGAUCAUGACUUAAGUUACAAUCAGAAUCUGAGUAACAAUAACAAGAUAUACGAUAAACGAUUUGUAACUAAUGAUUCAUCUUCUAUAAAUCAAGUGUUUAAAUGGCCAAACACCAAAGAUACUAACCUGAACUCAUAUAAAAAUAUUAAUAACAACAGUAACUUUAAUUCCUUUGGAGGAUCUGCAGUGAAGAGGCAUCAAAUCGACUUAGCAAAUUUAAACAUUGGUAUUUAAGAUGGAAAUUUAAGUUCAAGAUCAAUAUAUAAUUCUGGUCAACAUUCUUAAUAAAGAUCGCUAUCAUAAAGUUCAGAACCAGAUAAUUUACCUGCAGCUGGCAAAAAAUCUGGGCUUCAUUAGAAGUAUCAAUAGAGUCAGCAAAAUAUCAACAACGCUGUAAGUUAGUUGUAAAAUGCUAUGAUUGAGUAGCUACUGAAGAAAACCUAAAUUGAAGAAGACUUGAAAGACUUAAGCGGUAGAUAUCCCAAGUCUAGAGAUAUCCUUGAGCGAAAGCAAGAACUUGAGAACAAUUUAGACAUCAUUAAUAAGAAUGUUUUAAACCUGAAGGAUAAAAUCAAGUCUCUUGAAUGA